CUUAUUUUCAUCGCGAUCGACUUUUUUUUUCCUCAGUGUAACGAGUCGAAGUACACUUUCCUCUCCGCAGCAUUUCAGAAUCAGAACCCCAAAACGCCCACUCAGCACAACAAGAAUGACAGGACGAAUGCUGGGCAGUUUUUCUUCGCCGGGGCUGCUCGUUUACUCGAGGGGCAGUUUGUUCCGCAGCACUCCCUCCGGUUUCUCGGCCCCACUGCUG